AUGGAAAAAGUGAGCCACAGUGGUCAAGUGAAGCUAGCAGCAAAAGGAGAUGAGAGAUUAAAGACUAUCCCUCCCACGUCCUCCGCAUCGACAAGGAGGAUGUCACGUCUUGAGAAACCGAGGAAGGAAAAAGUAGAGAUAAUCCAGCAGGACAAAAUGCUUAUUACUGUCUGCAUUUUGUUUCAGCCGGCAGCAAGGCAUCCCGCGGGGGCCGGGCUGGGAGAGCGCUCGCACGGCAAACGGCCGCCUAAGACUCAGGGGGACCCAGGUCUGUCCCUUCGAGGCCCUGCAGGAGCCGAGCUGCCCUUGCCCAGACGGCGGGCACGGUGCCGCCGCCGCCGGGAUUCAGUGUCGUCCGGUAAAACCACAAACCCUGCUGGGAACCGCAUGGCCGAUACGUUUCAGCUUCCAUUAAAAAAACAAGGGGCUGGGGACUGGAAGGUUGACAUUGUGGACAUCUAUGAGUCUAUCCGUGAAAGGCAGCGUCAUGACAGCGAAAGGUCUACCUGCAGCACCUUGGAGCAGAACGACAUUGAAGCCGUUGAAGCGCUUGUUUGUAUGAGCUCCUGGGGUCAAAGAUCGCAGAAAGGUGACAUAUUAAAGAUAAGGCCCCUUACGCCCUUCUCGGAUUCUGGUGAUUUCACAAUGCACGCUGAGGCUACGUCUGAAUUACCAAAGGACUAUUUAUCUACACUGUGCAUGACCCCUCCGCACAGUCCUGACUUUGUUGAGAUAUCAGCUGCUAUGCUCCUCUCCUCACAAGUCACUUACUCCAAGCCGAGGACUGUCAUGGCAAAUACAGCCGCCUGCUCAGUCACAUCAGCAACCGGUGCCUCUCCCAUAACCAAGCCAUCUGUUAUAAACAUGGAGCGACAGUGCAGCCAGAAGCCAGCAAUAUCUGAAUCCUUUGCCCCUCAGCCUUGCAGAGCCAUGGCAACGAGUGUGAUACGUCACACAGGUGAUAGUUCUGCUUACCAUCACAUUCCUGCUGUGCAAGAGAAAACAAAGGUAGUUUCAGGCUACAGCACUUCCAGAGACUGGUGUGGAGCGGAUGACCGAAGACAUUCCAGACUGCCACAGGACACGUGUGCUGCAGAUGAUUUAAUUAACAAAACCUCUCCAGUACAGCAACCUUACGCACAUGACUCCAGUGAUAUUGUGACCAAUAAAGGACAACUACCAGUCCGGCCUGUUUCGCCACAGACCCACUUACCAAAGAAUUGUGAGAACGACUUGCAAAAAAGAGCUACCCCAGUGACAGCUGCCCCUGUUUCAAGCCCCCAAGUUCUUUGUCAAAUGAUCCCUUUAAAUGGACAAAGCAGUAUGAUCAACGCCUAUGUCAAGCCUUCAACUCCAACAGUCUCAACUCCCAUGAAACCUAUUUUACCACAGACAGCCCCGCUCUCUCAGCCUGUACUCAUGGGACCUUCCGUGCCUCAGGGGACCGUCAUGUUGGUUCUUCCACAGACUGCUGUCACACAGACACCGCAGUGCCCACAAACAGUAAUGACUGUUGGGAACACCAAGUUACUGCCCCUUGCUCCUGCUCCUGUGUUCAUCGCUUCUGGUCAAAGCUGCGCCCCCCAGAUGGACUUUUCUAGACGGAGGAAUUAUGUUUGCAACUUCCCUGGGUGCAAGAAAACCUAUUUCAAAAGUUCCCACCUCAAGGCCCACCUUCGCACCCACACUGGAGAAAAGCCUUUCAGCUGCAACUGGGAAGGCUGUGACAAGAAGUUUGCCCGCUCAGAUGAACUGUCACGCCACCGCAGAACUCACACGGGAGAGAAGAAGUUUGCUUGUCCUGUGUGUGAGCGUCGCUUUAUGCGCAGCGAUCACUUGACAAAGCACACCCGCCGCCAUAUGACCACAAAGAAGAUCCCCAGCUGGCAGACAGAGGUUGGCAAACUCAACAGAAUUGCCACAGCAGAGAAACCGAAAAGCAGCAGCGCUCUGAGUAUGCUCAUCCCUGUGCCAUCAUCUGUCUGUCAGGGCUAGUGUGAGGGAGCGCCUUCUCUACAAACUUUCUGAAGAUCAGGAAGAGCUCUGAUGGCUACAACAGAACUGACAAUGGCUUUUUUCCCCCAUGUUUGUGCAUACUUCAGUUUCCUU